GCGCUGCCUGAGCGGGGCGUGCGGGCCGUUUCCGGUGUGGGUGCCGAGCGGCGGCCGAGGCGCAGGGACGUGCUGGGGGCCUCGCGCGCUGGGACCAUGGCGGACGGCGGGUCGGAGCGGGCGGACGGGCGCAUCGUCAAGAUGGAAGUGGACUACAGCGCGACGGUGGACCAGCGCCUGCCCGAGUGCGAGAAGCUGGCCAAGGAAGGAAGACUUCAAGAGGUCAUUGAAACCCUUCUUUCCUUGGAGAAACAGACCCGCACUGCUUCCGAUAUGGUGUCUACGUCUCGUAUCCUAGUUGCAGUCGUGAAGAUGUGCUACGAAGCUAAAGAGUGGGACCUACUUAACGAAAAUAUUAUGCUUUUGUCAAAAAGACGAAGUCAGUUAAAACAGGCUGUUGCAAAAAUGGUUCAGCAGUGCUGUGUUUACGUUGAGGAAAUCACAGACCUCCCUAUCAAGCUUCGAUUAAUUGAUACCCUACGAAUGGUCACGGAAGGAAAGAUCUAUGUGGAAAUCGAACGUGCUCGGCUGACCAAGACUUUAGCAACGAUCAAGGAGCAGAGCGGUGACGUGAAGGAGGCAGCCUCCAUUUUGCAGGAGCUGCAGGUGGAGACCUACGGGUCCAUGGAGAAGAAGGAGCGGGUGGAGUUUAUCCUGGAGCAAAUGAGGCUCUGCCUGGCCGUGAAGGAUUACAUCCGCACGCAGAUCAUCAGCAAGAAAAUCAACACCAAGUUUUUCCAGGAAGAAAAUACAGAGAAAUUGAAGCUGAAAUACUAUAACCUAAUGAUCCAGCUGGAUCAGCACGAGGGCUCCUACCUGUCCAUCUGCAAGCACUACAGGGCCAUCUACGACACGCCCUGCAUACAGGCGGAGGGCGAGCAGUGGCAGCAGGCUCUGAAAAGUGUGGUCCUCUAUGUCAUCUUGGCUCCGUUUGACAAUGAACAGUCAGAUUUGGUUCAUCGAAUAAGUGCUGACAAGAAGUUAGAAGAAAUCCCCAAGUACAAAGAUCUUUUAAAGCUCUUUACCACAAUGGAGUUGAUGGGUUGGUCUACACUGGUCGAAGACUACGGGAUGGAGUUGAGGAAAGGCUCUUUGGAAAGUCCCGCAACUGAUGUUUUUGGCUACACGGAGGAAGGGGAAAAGCGGUGGAAAGACUUGAAGAACAGAGUCGUUGAACAUAAUAUUCGGAUAAUGGCCAAGUAUUACACGAGGAUCACGAUGAAGAGGAUGGCACAGCUUCUGGACCUCUCUGUUGAUGAAUCAGAGGCUUUUCUCUCCAAUCUCGUCGUUAACAAGACCAUCUUUGCUAAAGUGGACCGGUUGGCGGGAAUCAUCAACUUCCAGAGACCCAAGGAUCCGAAUAAUUUAUUAAAUGACUGGUCUCAGAAACUGAACUCACUGAUGUCUCUCGUUAACAAAACUACACACCUCAUAGCCAAAGAGGAAAUGAUUCAUAAUCUACAAUAGGGUUUCAGUGCCCUGCAUACGUUUAGAAAAGAGUUCAAAUUGGAAGUUAUUAAAAAAAGAAAAGAAAAGAAAAAAAGAAAAAGACUUGUGGUGUAUAUGUUUGGGGUUUUUUUAUUUUAUUUUUUUUAUUCUCUGCUUCUUGUCUAAAAUUUCGAAGAUAGUAAGUUUGAGAUCCCCUUUCUACCUUUCUAUUCUGUGAUUUUUGUUGAAAACUUUGCAUUUUCAGUUGAUACAAAUAUAUCAUACGUUUUUAUUAUCUGAGAGUUUGAGAGUGCUCAGAAACUGUGUCAUAACUUCGCCAAACACGUUUUUCACUUAGUCAUUUGGAGUCUUUUUAGCCAUUUGUUUUCAUCCAGCUAACAACCAUAAUCAUAAUAAAAGCAAUACUCGAACGCCGCUUCCCGUGCUCACCUGCGUCCCGAACAGUGUGUUGGCUUUUUGUUUUGUUUUUUAUUUUCUUCUAUGCCGGGGAUUGAGCCCAGGUCUGUUACCUCCGUGCCACGCUCCCAGCCCUUGAGAAGUUUGAGGUGGGUUUUAUUUUUUGUUUUUUUCCCAGAAAAAUACAAUGUGUUGUAAAGCUACCGAUCAAUAGCAUUUCAAAAGCAGAUCUGGGGAGACGGCUCCAUCCUUGGCACCAGGGAGGGGCCCAGCACGGUCAGCACCGCGCCCGGAGUGGGCCCCAAACGCCAGGUGGGCCCAGCACUCAGCCAAGGAGCACAGAGCGUUCGAGGGCACUUGGGGAUAGAGCUGUGAUUUGGGGACGACUGGCAGUGCCGGCGGCAGAAAGACCCGGGACGGCCGUGCGCAGAGCAGGUGGGUGGGCUGGAUACUUGGAUUUUCUUUUUGAGUCAAACUGGUUUCAAUUACAGUAGCUUGAUUAUUUUCACCCCUUCCUCUAACCGCCAAUUGUUGAAUCCAGUGACAUUGUUGUUAACGCAGUCGUACAAAGCAGUAUUUUUGUGGGGUGGAGGGCCGCUGGCGGUGCAACCCAAGACCUCACACAGGCAAGGCGAGCUCGGCAGCCUGCGAGUAAGACGCGGUCACGCCAGCAUCACCGCCACCGCCGCCCCUCAUGGGCUCCGUCGCGGUGUUAAAAGAACACUGGGCAACAAACCCAAGGACUUCGUAAAGUCACAACCGAAAAAAGACUAGAGGCCACUUUCUCAACAAAGGGUUGGAAUUCUCACAUUUUUUAAAUUAAAAUCGAACAAAAGUUUUAUUGUCAGAACAUCUGAAACCAGUACAAUAGCGAAUUUUGAAAGUUUUAAAAUUGGAUUAACUUCGGAAAAUAAAAGUUAAUAACAGCAUUAAAAUGUUAUUUUAAAGGUUUCGAGUGUAAAGGUCUACUUUCUUGAAAGCCCAAACGAGGCAGGGGAAAGCAGAGGGAACACUGGGAACAGCAAUUUUUUUAAUAAUUCAUUUUCCAUGUAGGGGUCACUAACUUGUCCUCAUUCAACUCCCCAGUACUGGGACAACUGGGGACACCGAUUUGUGCUGAGUCACUGUGAAUAAUAACAGGCUAUUAAUCUGAUUUUAUUCUUUGGGAAGUUAAUGUAUUGGUCACAAAAAUAAUACGGCAAGUUUAGAAAACAUCAAAAAUUCACUCGAGCAGUUAGAAUAUGAUUUUCAUUUUCUUUUCAAUAAAAAGGACAAAUCAUUUUGCAUUGUUAAUUUGUCAAUAAAAUUGGCACUAGUCUGAA